ACCAGGACACCCUCAUGCCUGUGUAGCUACCACCCGGCAUCACUUUUUGACUGUUUAAAUCUUAAUCUUUAAAUUUUUAAAACUAGUUUCAGGCGAUAUGGACACUGAUAAAAACGCAACCACCGAGAGUCCAGAGGACUCGGGGUCUUUCACGACCGUUAAGUCUAAAAAGACUCAGAAACGGAAACGUGAACACGACAUGGACACGGAGGAGCACGUGGCAAGAAAACGACCACAGUUUCCACCAAUAUCCAGCGACAAAUUAAAGGGACCGGAUGAGAUGCGUAAGAUCUCCGUCCCGGCUCACAGGUACACGCCGCUGAAGGACAACUGGCUGAAGAUUUUCACGCCAAUCGUAGAAAACCUGCAGCUCCAAGUUCGGUUCAACCUCAAAACCAGGAAUGUGGAAAUCAAAACCUGUAAAGAGACGCAGGACAUCGGGUCGCUCACUAAAGCAUCAGAUUUUGUCAAAGCGUUUGUUCUGGGAUUCCAGGUCGAAGACGCGCUCGCUCUCAUCAGACUAGACGAGCUUUUCCUAGAAAGCUUCGACGUCACGGACGUGAAACCUCUGAAGGGAGACCACUUAUCCAGAGCCAUCGGCAGGAUAGCGGGGAAGGGAGGAAAGACCAAGUUCACCAUUGAGAACGUCACCAAGACUCGCAUCGUGCUCGCAGAGACAAAAGUUCACAUAUUGGGAUCUUUCCAGAAUAUCAAGAUGGCCCGGACAGCAAUAUGCAAUUUAAUAUUAGGAAGUCCACCUUCAAAGGUCUACGGUAACAUCAGGGUGGUGGCCAGCCGGUCGGCCGAGAGAUUCUGAACUCUGAUUGGUUGCUGUGUGCGUUGAUCCCGCCCCUCAUUGGUUGACUGACACAUCAGGUUCCUCUGUUAUGCGACACGUUUAAGUUUAUGUAAAUAAAUCAUUUCAAUCCGCA